GACAUAUUCACCUCCACAGAAAAGACACAAAACUGGUUAAACCAUGGUGGGGAUAUAUACAACAGAAGAUACGCCAGCAUGGAGCACAAGAUCAGCGUUGAAACUUUUUCAAACCUAAGUUUGAAGUGGGAGUUCUAUGCAGGCAAAGACAUAACUGCAACUCCAGCGAUUUUCGAUGGCACACUCUACUUUCCAUGUUGGAAUGGGGAUAUUUUCGCAGUGAGAGCAAAAUAUGGGUCACUGGUGUGGAAGCAGAACUUGGGGAAUUUAACGGGGCUAAGUGCAACAGGGUUUGUGGCAGGUGUUAACUGGACAGUGGCUAGGGCAACACCAACCAUAGCAGAGGAUGAUCUUCUGAUCGUUGGAAUAUAUGGUCCUGCAGUAGUUAUUGCUGUGAAAAGAUCAACAGGAGACUUAGUUUGGGAAACACGUUUGGACAGCCAUAACUCCAGCGUUGUCACCAUGUCUGGAACCUACUUAGUCUGUUUGGAUAUAAAAUUAGAAGUGUUCUUUACAACUUUUUAA